AUGCAGAAAUUCUUUUCUAGCAGAUGGUUCGGUCUAUCGCUCAAGUAUAAUAUCCGUCGUCAAUUUCAACGAGCUUAUCAUAACAUUGAAUAUCCACAUCUCAAGAAAUUGAAUAAUUCUCCAUAUGUACGUUUGAAGCCAGUGACGAAUCUAAGGGCAGGGAAUAAUGCGGAGUUUGUUACAUCUCCAAACUCAAAGUUACAAUCUCUAAUAUGGCAUACUCCGGUGCAGAAUGUAUUAAUUACAAAGAAACCCUGGACUCCUUCUACUAGAGAAGCAAUGGUGGAAUUCAUCACUUAUCUACAUGACAAAUAUCCCUCGAUCAAUAUUAUUGUGCAACCAGAUGUCGCAGAAGAAAUAUCCCAGGAUUUUAGGUCUCCGAUGAAUAAUGAUCCAAAUAGACCUCACGUCUUAUAUACAGGAACUCCAGGAAAUAUCGUGAAUAAGACGGACUUGUUAGUCACAUUAGGUGGUGAUGGUACUAUUUUGCAUGGUGUUUCGAUGUUUGGAAAUGAACAAGUACCACCUGUGUUAGCGUUUUCCUUGGGUACGCUAGGUUUUUUAUUGCCGUUUGAUUUUAAAGAAUAUAAAGAAGUGUUUGAAAGGGUUACAUCCUCAAGAGCGAAAUGUUUACAUAGAACAAGAUUAGAAUGUUGUGUGAUUAGGAAAGGCGAUGAAGAAAAUCCGAAAAUAUUACAUGCAAUGAAUGAUAUUUUCUUACAUAGAGGUAAUUCUCCACAUCUUGCCAAUCUAGAUAUUUUCAUCGAUGGGAAUUAUCUGACAAGAACUAUUGCCGAUGGUGUUGCGUUGGCGACCCCUACUGGUUCAACUGCAUAUUCGUUGUCUGCUGGUGGUUCUAUUGUUUCUCCAUUGGUUCCGUCGAUCUUAUUGACACCAAUCUGUCCCAGAUCAUUAUCAUUUAGACCAUUGAUCCUACCGCAUUCAUCACAUAUAGUGAUUAAAGUGAGUUCUAAGAUUAAUCAACGUGUGACAAACAAUGUAGUGAAUUUGUCUGUAGAUGGUAUCCCCCAGGAGGAUUUACAUGUUGGUGAUGAAAUUCAUGUUGUGAACGAAGUCGGUACGAUAUAUAUGGAUGGUACAAAAUUACCUAGUAUGAAGAGAGGUACAAAGACAAACGAAGAAGGCAAAGAUACUCAAACUUUCCAAAAUAUAAAGGAUACGAAACAGAAGAAGGAUCAAUCGGGUAUAUACUGUGUUGCGAAAUCAGAAAAUGAUUGGACUAAAGGGAUCAAUGAAUUACUUGGUUUUAAUUCAAGUUUCAGGUUUACUCGUCGCCAAAAGGAUAAUUAA